AUGGAGCCUUCAGCUUGCUUCAAACGAGUUCUCCUCUUGAGCUUGGUGCCGCUUGUCAAAGCCUAUACAGUAUUCGAAACAACAUGCUCUGCCCCAGAUCCACAGUCGGAGUUCAUGUUUGUAUCAGCUCCCAACACUCGUGGCACUCUGAAUAUAUUAUGGACUUCUCUUUUCACCAUUUUUGCCUGCACGUGGACAGUUCAGCAUCUCAGUAUUCCCAAGCCAUGCAACGGCCGCAAUGAUAGAAAGCGAGACAACUUCAGAUGGAAGCUCGAAAGGUUUGGGAAGAGUUUCUAUUGGAUGGUUAUCACAAUAAUGGCUCCAGAAUUCAUCAUGUCCAAAGCGGUUGAUGAUCUAACUGAGUCACGUCGGUUACAGAAAGAAAUGCAAGAGUUUGCCAAAGAAGAUAAAGUCAAAUGGACGUUGACUCAUAGCUUUUAUGCUGGGAUGGGGGGCUUCGUCAUACGGAUAAUACCGAAAGAAAGAUUUUUUUACCGUCUUUCUGCUAAGCAGGUUCAUGGACUUCGAUACACAAAUCAGAUCAGAUCACUUCCCGACAUCACGGCUGAAGAGCUUAAAGACAGAUCGAAAAGUGAUGUACUUGGCAAAGCCGUCGCGAUUGGGCAAAUACUCUGGACGAUUGUGCAAGUUAUAGCUCGGGCUGUUCAGAAACUACCUGUUUCUCCGCUAGAGGUCGCCGUGGUGGCUUUUGCAGUUUGUGCCGUCUUUACGUAUGGCAUAUACUGGGAAAAGCCACAGCGCGUCCUGACGCCCAUCGAUAUCCUUGAUCAAAUGCGCUACGAUGACAAAAAGAGAGUGCUAAAAGACAUUCUGAAAGAAAGACCUUCGUGGGAGCAAGCAGCUGACUUCGUGUAUCGAAAAUUGCUGCUUGACCUUGAAAAAGAACUUCCCGCUCCAGUUUUUGGGCCACGUCCAGAAUAUAGCUGGCGGGAGGGUUACACUAUAAACCGGCGGAGGCAGCGUGAUAGAGUUAUUGUAACUGGUAUCGCCGCGGCUGUAUUUGGCGCAGUCCAUCUCAUCGCAUGGGACUUCGGCUUCCCGACAAGGAUUGAGCUGAUUUGGUGGCGGUACGCAAGCGUUUAUUUGACUGCAUCUCCUCCUGUCAUGGCACUUAUAUUUCUCACUUAUAUGGUGCUGCGUCGUCGGCACAUGAUCGUGAGCAAUUUCUACAAAAAUGGGUGGUAUAUUCUGUUUGCUUCCUCUCUGGCUCCGCUCUUUUGUUUGUAUAUCGCGGCAAGGCUCUUUAUUCUUGUGGAGAUGUUUCGGACGCUCUUUUUUCUUCCUGCUGGAUCAUACAUCUCUACUUGGUCAGCGAAUAUUCCUCAUUUUGGUUAG